UCUUUAGGAUCAAAUAAAAAAUCUCAGGGUACAGUGGAGGUAGAGGGAGAGGGUUUUGCAAACGAAAUUGAAAAUGAAUUCAGUGCGGCGAAUGUUCCGUGCGUCAGCUCUCAUUCUCCGAUCAUACUCCUCCUCCUCCGCCUCCGCCUCCGCCGCCACUCGGAAGAGGUCGAAAUCCCUGCCGGUGAGGCCGAGGCCGAUGGAGAUUCCAUUUCAGCCGAAGGUUGCGAAUGCCGUGAACCUCAUCGGUCAGGUUCAUACGACGGUUCAGUUUCAAACUUGUGCCGACGGAAACACCUAUGCUGCCACCGUUAUCACGCGCCAAGAGUCCCCUUAUUCUCCUUACCUUUACAUUCCGGUGAUAUUUGAGGGUGAUUUGGCUCUUACUGCGAAAACCCAUCUUCAACAAAAUGAUAUCAUCCAUAUAGCUGGACAACUCAGUACUGAUCCACCUCACUUAGAUCAAAGCUCUGCUCAGACUAAUAAUAUUCAGGUUAUGGUACAAAGCCUCUACUUUGUCAAAGGAUAUCCCCAAGAAAAGAAUAUAUCUGCUACUUCAAAGCAAGAUAAAAUGUUGACUGCCUCUGCAAGUGGAAAGCAUGACAUCAAUCAAUCAACUAAGGAUGUCCGUUCCAAGCAAAGUGACGAGCAUGACAUAGACAAAUCUUGGAAGGAUCUGCUUAAUAACCCCAGUGAAUGGUGGGAUGUACGUUCAACAAAGAAUCCAAAAGGUGCAGCUUUUCAAAGAAAGAAAAAUGGUGAAUUACUCUUUGUCAAUAGCUCAACUCCCAAAUGGCUCCUGGAGAAAUGUGAUUCGAUUACAAUUGAUUUGAAACCUGAACUGAAACACUCAAUAACCAGUGCAAAGAAGGACCCAGACUCUUCAUUGAGUCCUUGGAGAGACCUCCUAGAUAAUCCAAAGCAGUGGAGUGAUUUCCGUGACAGCAAACUGAAUAAAUUGGUGAAUCCAAGGCACCCUGACUUCAAGCGUAAGGAUGGCAGUCUUUCCCUCUGGCUUAAUAACCGGGCUCCAACAUGGGUUUCAUCUGAACUGGAAGGACUGGAGUUUGAUGAUGCGGUUGUUAAAUCCAAACAAGCAGACAACUGUAAAGGUGAUCAGUCCUGGAAUGAUUUGGUGGAAAAUCCAACUAAAUGGUUGGAUAAGAGAUCAGAUAAGACAAAUGAAAGAGCUCCUGAUUUCAAGCACAAAGAAACCGGUCAAGUGCUGUGGCUUAACCGGGCUCCAACUUGGGUUUUAUCUAAACUGAAAGGAUUGGAAUUUGAUGUUCCGGUUGUUAAAUCUAAACAAGCAAAGAACACUAAAGAUGAUCAGUCCUGGAAUGAUUUGGUGAAAAAUCCAACUAAAUGGUGGGAUAAUAGAUUAAAUAAGAAGAAUGAGAGAGCUCCUGAUUUCAAGCACAAGGAAAGUGGUGAAGCAUUGUGGCUUAAUGGUUCACCAAGUUGGGUGUUAUCAAAAUUGCCACCCUUGGAGCCUAAACAAAGUGUAGAAACUGGCUGGAAACAGACACUGGUUUCAUGAGGCGGAGGAAAGAGAGGCAAAGAAUGAAGUCCUCAUCUAGAUGUCAUACUCAUGGGUUUUUUAUCAAAGGAGUUUGGGACACUUUUGGCCAGCUGGAAAGGGGUGUACCAUGUAGGCUAGGCUAAGAUGCAUGUUCUCAGUGUCUUCAUAUGUUGCGCCAUAUGCACAGAUAUCAUUAUAAAAGAAAAAAAAAAUAUGCUUCUUUUUUUCCUCUCUUUUUUCACAUGGAAGAACCCUAAGCUUUGAUUGUGGCGUUUCAUAUGGUUUGAUAAUAAUAAUAUACUGUCUUUUAAAUUAAGGGGGGAGGGGCGCAAA